GUGGUUUUCCAACAUCGUACGCUACUAUAUGGCUUGCUCUCUAGGUUUGAAAAAGUGUUUAACGGUCUGUGGUAGUCAUGAUGAAGAACAUUUGUUAUCUACUCUUGCAAGCGUUAAAGCACAACUGCAACAUGGCUUUCAGUACUACUCCCAGGUUGGGUACGUUCAAAUUCUCAGUUUUACAUGUUUUACGUCAGUAAUAUUGAGGCUGUAUCCAAAGAACAUGUGCAGCGCUUUGUUAAAAGGAUUUCUGGAUAUCUGAAUUUGUCUGAAAAUCUAAGCCAUGAAAUCUUAGUUCAUUACCUUGCUGUUCAAGAUAUCCCAGAAGAUCAUAUAGAUGAAGUAUUUUCAGCCGGAUCUGCAAGUGGUUUCUUGGAAGAAAUUCGUCGGUUCUACUGGAAGGAUCGUUUGGGUUUAAUUAGACUUCUGAAGCUAUGCGUUUGCCAGUGGCACGACUCUUGGUCAUUGAUUUCUGAUGUCUUAUUUGCAAUGACAUCAUAUGCAAGCCGCAAGGAUUUGGUUGUCCAAGCUUUAAAUGAGUAUCUUGUUCAGCAUCAAAGUGCAUGCUCUUUAAUCGAAACUUGGGGUCAUUCAUCUUCGGGUUUUGUUUCAAAUCGUAAUAAAGUUGGAGUUGACGAUACGAACCAAUUUGGUGUCGUUGUUACCCAAAAACUUAAGGAGUUGAUUGAACUCCUUGAACUAAUCCUUCUUGGUGUUCAUGGUCUUUGUCUUUCCGGUACAACAGAAGACUCUUCCGUUAUGUUUAAGAAAGUGCUAGAGACGUUCUGGUCUGUUUCCUUCGGAUCGUCUCUCAAAAAUUUUGGGGCAAAUAAUUUGAUGGUGGACCAAAUCUGUUUCACACAGACGCUUAUUCUUAUUCGAGCGGCGAAUUUGGACUCUGUGGUUUUGUUUUCAAGGCAGUCACUUGAUGACUUGGCACUACCCUCCUACAAGUUGAAAAUCGCUAACAUGGCAUCGAAAUCGAAAGCAACUACAGAAAAUACCGCUAGUGCAAAAGACGAAACGCCAACUCACUUCUUAUAUGAUUCUCAUUUACUGAAUCGACUGCUAGCUAGUUUAUCGAACCUUGGGGAGCAUCAGGUACACGGGCCAUUGUUGCUAUUUGGUGCAGUUUGUGCAACUGCUUUCUCUCACUGGGGACCAGUUUCUCGUGAUUCCGCAGAUCAAAGUCCGGACUCAACCUGCGAACUUUCCGGUUACGCGAAGACGCAAAACAAUGAAAAUCUCAUCGCUGAUCACUAUGCUCAGCUAUCGAUCCAGAAUCUCAAUGUAUUUAGUUUUUUGGUUAGGAGGCUAGAUCGUAUUGAUUGCCAUCCACCCCAGGUCUCACAGAUAGAUCGUAAUGCUUCUGUUCCAUACAGUGAGUUUAAUUCUAGUCUUGUUAGUCUGAGUACUCAUAGCGCCCUAUUUGAUCUGGUUACUCUGUUAGCCCGAGAUGUCGCAUUAUGGUCAUUGGAUAGCAAUCGCCCUCCUAAUUCACAGUUAUUCAAUUCUCUCGACUAUCCAAAUAGAGAUGAAUUUAUUAUUUUGUUCUCGCAAACUCUUAGAGUUGUUGUAACUAACGCUCAUUUAGUUCGCUGUCCACUAUCAAAAGGAGUUCUGAGCACUUCAGAUAAUGACCAAGAUUUUCCAGUCCAUAGUGGCCCAAGAAUUGGUUAUCGGAUUUUCGGACUUAUUGAGUCGCUUAUAGAAAGUUUUCCUUACGAUCUCAGCGUACUCCGUAUUUAUACGAGUUUACUCGUUCCUUCAAGUAGUACUAAAAUUAAAUCACGAUCUAUUGAAUUAGUAAAUCAUGUCAAAGACUUUAUAAAUCAUGUUCCAUACCUCGCUGAACCACUGACUGAAUCAUUGUCAAAACAGUUGUCUCCACGAAAUGCAUCAUUAUAUCCUCAGUUUACCAGUAAUAUUGAGAAGAAAUUAUACACACAGGUUGUUUUAAAUAAACCCCGAACAGUUAUGACUGUCAAUUCAAAAAUUACCUCAGCAUCUGCUAGUUCCUCUGAGCGAAAUAAUAUCUUCUCAGGAGUCUACCUAGCAUCGGGCACACACGGUUAUGUUGAUCAAGAUUUAGGCCUUGCUGUAUGGCCUAUUGAAUAUUCUCUUUGGCAUGUAAUUGGCAAUGAAAUUUAUUUGGCCGAAUUGGCACUUAAUGAUUUUAAUAAAUCUAUUGCUUCAUCUAUGCAUAAAUGCGAAACUCAUAUUCUAUUAAAUUCUACAUCAUAUAAUUCGGAAUCACUUCAAGCUCAAGCUGAAUAUUACGCUCAAUUUUAUAUUAGAUUAACACGAUUGUUAGACCUCCUUGAGUUCAUAUCCGCUUGCCUCAAGUGUGAUUUGUAUAUUUCUCAUUGUUUAAUAUCGAUUGAAUAUAUUUGGAUGAUAAUUUUACGUUAUUUAAAUGUUAUACCAUCUGACCAAGUCAAUAUCAUUGUUCAAUAUAUCACUAAUAACCCAUCACUAUCAUCAUCAUUCAUUAAAACACGUCGAGAUUUUUAUGGAAAAAAUAAAUCUUCAAAUGAAAUAACAAAAAAUCGUAAUUCAAUUGAUGAAUUAAUCAUUAAUUUGAUACUGCCUAAAUUGUUAUGUUUAAUUGGACAAUCUUUAUUAAAUUUACCGACAUUAAAAUCAAAGCAGUUAAUCAUGGAAAAUAUUAAUUUGUUGAGUUGUGUAUUAGCUAGUAGUCAUAGCAUUAUACCACGUGUGGUUAUUAAUCAGAAUAAUAAAAGUUCCCAACUAACAUUUGGACUCAGUGCUUGUUAUAUAAUCAACAUUAUUCUUAAUUACAAUUCAUCAGAACCAAUUAGUUCUUCAAAUCUUCAUCAGUUAUCUCCAUUUCAUCAUCAUUGUUUAACAGAUGAAUAUAAUUUACUAAUUUCAUAUAUUAAUUUUAUAUCAGGAUUAUUUUUCUUUGUUCGAUGGGCAUAUUCUAAUUCAGAGUUCAUUGUUGAAAAUAUUCAUAUUGAUAUUAUGCCGUUAUAUGUUGAAUGUUCUGAAUUAAUUCAUGGAUGUCUUGUAUUCAUCAUUCAAUAUCUUAUGAUUAUGUGUUCACAAGUAGAUUACUGUGUUGAAAAUUUUAGCAUUAACUCUAUGAGUAAUGGACUAAUUCAAACAAAUAUCUUGUCAAAAGUGGGUUUUGAUCAGCUAGCUAAUUUAGCUGAACAUUGUUUCAUGUUAUUGACCGAUGUAUUGACAACGCGUACAUCGGAAAAAGAUAUACAAAUUAUACAAAUGAUUUUGAAACAACUUAAACAAGACUCAUCAUCAUCGUCAUCAUCGUUCGUAUCUUCAACAUCAUUAUUUCAUUUAUUUCCUAAAUUUAUAUUUGAAGAGAAUCAUUGGCCCAUAACUUAUCAAUGCAUUGCAUUACACUUACUGUUUAAUGAUUCACGUUCAUUAAAUGCUCUGAUAGCAUUUUCGUCAAUUCAUCAAAGUAUACUAUUGCGGCAAACUGAAACAUUUGAAUAUGGCUUUCCUAUGUCAGCUUUCUUGAACAAUUAUGAUAUUGCAGAGAAAACAAUCCCAAUUGGUAGUAGUCGUUCACCAACUGUAAGAGCUGUGUGGUUAGCGCUUACAUUAAUUCAUCAUUUACUUAGUUUAGAAAAUAAAUUAAUGAUUGAACCAGGCAAUUCAAAUUCAACCAAUCCUCCUUUAUUAACCAGUAUACAAUGUUACUCUAAUUCAUUUACUGGUGAUCACUACAUCACCACUUUAUUCGCCUAUCUUCGACAUUCAUUUAGUGUUGGAAUUUCUCGUUUGGUUGUUGCAUUAUUAAAGUGGAUAACACAGUAUUCAUCCAUUGAUAUUACAAAUUAUUUGGGCAGUGAAUCAAAUCAAAUUCGUUCUUCUUGCCUGAAGAAAUUAGUGUCUACUACAGAAGAUCAAUUGGUACGUGUUGGAUUGUAUGAUUUAUUAUCAGAGACAGUAUUAAAUAGUGAAAAAUACGAACCUGUUUGUUCACGAUUUCCUGUUGGAUUAUUACGUCUACUUUUAACAAGUGGGACCAUUAAAGGUUCAGAUAUAAAGUUAAAUAGAAUGGUGACUAAUGAACCCAGAGAAAUUUCAAAUGCAGAUUGUCUAGAUUGCACAAUGGAUACCCUUAAAGAAAUCCAGAUAAAAUUUACCCAGAAAAAUUUUGAUGACAACAACGAUCAGUUGCCAACUGUUUUAUUUUGGAGUGUUACAAAAUUCAUUUCAUCUCUUUAUCUCCUGAAUAUUCAACCUUGCCUUGUAAAUUUAAAACAAAGGUGUGAUUUUUGGAAAACGUUAACCAAUCCUUUUUUCACUCUAUUGCGAUCACAAGAAUCUGAAAAGGAACCGUUGUCCGAUAUUGAAAAUGAACUCUGUGGCGAUGUUAUCAGCAUUCUAGCUUUAGAACUCUACAAUAAGACAAGCUAUACAAAAAAUGAUGAGAGUUGCAAAUCGUUUACAUCAGUUAUGGGUUAUUUUGUGAAGAAUAAUUUGUAUAAUUUAUGGUUUAAGUUAACUCGUAAAUGUUUGCAAAAAUUGUUAUUAUCCAUUGAAUCAGAAGAUGUGUCUAUAGAAUAUCUGCAAUCACGAUUAACAUCCCUGCACAAUGUCACAUGUCGUUGGAAAUGUUUAUUAUUGUUAAAUUACAAUAGUGCUUAUGUUCAUGACAAUAACAUUGAAGCUGUUAAUGUCAAUGAUAGUAGUUCUCAUAGAAUCGAAUCAAUCAAUGCAAGAAACCAAAUGAAAGAUGAUUUUAUCGCAAUACCUGUAUCUAUUUUAAAUGAUUUAAUUGAAUGCUUCAGUCUGUUGCAUGAUUUACCGCCGAUUCAGUCAACGUUUGAUUUAGGAAAUCAAUUAGCUACAAUACUCAAUACAACUUUAGUCUAUUUAUAUAAAGAGUAUAAUACGUCGACGAGGAAUAAGUUAGUCAAAGAAUUAUCAACGAAUGACUUAGCGAAUUAUUUGACAAAGUUGAGUGAUCUUUUGUCAAGUUUCCGACUCUCUACCGAUUUUCAAGUUCAGCAUAUGCAUUCAGAUCUACUAGCCAGUGCUUAUAUUCUAUUCAAUUGGUACAAUUCAAAAAGAUUAAGUGAAAAAACUACCGACGAUAAGUUCGAAUUACUUCAAUCGUCUUUAUUCAAUAAUGCAAUUUGCUUUUUGAGUUUACUCACACGUAAUCCUAACAUAAGUAGAAUUGAAGAAUCUGCUAUUUUACAAUCAGUCAAUCUAAUCAUCUUUUUAUGGGAUCAUAAUCAAUCUGCAACGUUAUUUACACGUCUCACUGAUACCGGGGUUUUGAAUAAUAUUUUCAUUUUGCUAACCGAAUGCACCAGACUUAAAGAUUGCGCGACACUUUGUCACAGUUUAAUCAGUUUACUUAUAAAAUUAAUAGUCAAUUCAUCUCAAACAACAACAGCAUCAAUCCACUAUUCCAAUGCGUAUAAAUCACCUCAACUUACAAGAGUAGAUUUAGACGAAUCAAGCAAUCAGUGUAUUGCUGAAUUAGAGAAUAUGCUGUUGAACAAACCAAAGAAUAGAAUCACUCAAGUAAUUCUAUCCUAUCAUGAAUAUAUAUCACAAGCAUUCUGUUGGCCACAAUUAGACACUUUACGUCAAUGGUUACACGAUAGUGAAUUAUAUUCAAAUAUACAAGCUAAUCCAUUUGAUGAUAAUCCUUACAUGAAACAAGCACAAUCUAUACAAUAUGAUUGGAAUACUGUGUUUAUCUUGGAAAUACAAUUUCUGUGCUUACUCCAUGAUAAUCUUGGAGGUAUGAAACAUCCAGUAGCCUAUUCACUCAUACAAAAUUUUUGUAUGGAUAAUGCUAGUCAAUUAGAAUUCCUUGUGAAUUAUUGGUGUUCAUCAUUGUACAAUAAUGAUGUUAAUACUGCGUCGAUUAAUGAUCUAAUGUCUCCAUUACCAAUGACUAGUGUAUUACUUCAACAAGGUAUACUGUCCACAAGUCGAAUUCAAUUAGCUGAGACUAUUUUAAAAUUAUAUUGGCGUGUUCUAGUCGCUGCUGAAUAUAUCAGUACAUCAGGUCUACCUAUUAUAGCAUCAAAUAUCCUGUAUUCAAAUCAUUCUCGAAUUGGAAACCUUAGUUCACAUAGAUCACGGCCAUCUUAUGGUCCCACUGUACGUAUGGAGUUUUUCAACUCAGUAUUCAAUCUUGUUCAAUGCCAAAUACAUUGUUGUUCAAUUUUGUUUCAACGUCAUGGUUUCAAAUCAUUUAAAAGUGUUCCAAUAUCAGGAUCACAUAUAACACCAACUAAGUCUGGAAUUACCGGUCAAUCAGUGCCAGGUUCAUCAGGUACACCUACAUCUACACUGCCUAAAACAACGUCAAUAAUGAAUAAAUCAAAUGAAACAAUGGCAAAUUCGCAUUCUAUUAGUUCAGUAUCAAUGGAAUUAGCUGGUACAGAGACUAGUGGAUUAGAACAUCUUUGUCUUAUACGACAUCUUAUUAUAUCUCUUAGUGUAUUAAUGGUUCAAUUGCCUAUCCUUGGAAAAACAUCUUUGAUGACAUCUGAUGAAUUAAAAUACUUAAACGUUCCUAUUCACUUAACAUUCAAUAGUCCUAAUUUAAAUGACAAUUCAACGGUAUUAACAUUUGGUGUUCUAAUUACUCUAGCUAAUUCAUUGGGUAGUUUAUCCUCAAAAUUAGGCAAUGUCUGGAAAUCAUGUCAGUCUGGUGAAUUAGUCUUGACAAAUAAAAAACGAGAAUUUUGUUGUUUAGUUCAGCGUGCUUAUGAAAUGGUUCUGUCGAUAAUUUUCUCUCAAUCUACUCUACUUUUGACAAGUCCAUCUAUCAGACUUAUGGAUAAACAAUUACUUUUACGUGAAAUAACUGCUGAAUUGAAAGCUUGUCAUUCUUUCGGUAUUUCAUCACGCCGAACUUCUUCCGUUGGCCAUUCUACCGCUAGUUCUUUUUCAUCUCGAAGUCCUAGCAGUCGAUCUUCAAGUACGCAUUUACGUUUAAGUUCAGCAUCUCCUCAAACACCGACAUCCAGCUCAAAUCUUGUACGGAAUCCACCACUACCUUUAGGUUCAACUAUUCCAUUAACGGAUUCAUCUAAUUUUGGUUUUGACAAGGCUGCUAGUCGAUUCAUAGAACUUUCACGUUUUACUUUGUAA